AAGAGUCUACAAAACCUUGAGCGUGAUCUAAAACCGCUUGAAGACAAGAUUCAUUACUUGGAGAAGCUAGCUGCUGAGGUGAAAAAGAAGAAUCCGGAAGAAGCUGCAGCAAUUGAGAAAAAAAUUGCGCAACUACGAGCCCUCCAUAAUGACCUUCUACGUAGAGCUCAUGACAAGAUUAAGAUUGCCGAACAAUCCCAAGGUCAGGAAAUGUUUGAAUCGGCUCUCAAAGAUGUGCUCAAUUGGAUUGAUAGAACGAAGAAAGCCCUUUCCGAAGACGUGCGUGCUCUAGAUGUGCAGCAAGCUGAGGAUCUUCUAAAGAAGCACUAUGAACUUGGUGAACAAAUCAAGGAUAAGAAAUAUGAGGUGGAAUAUGUACAAGAACUCGGACAACGUCUGCUUGAAAAGAAUCCACGACUACGCGAAGUUGAAGCGCAGCUAAAACAUCUUGGAACGGAAAUGGCCAUGGUCAAGAAUAUGUACCGCAUUCGUGAUGCUCAGUUGAAGGAGCAACUUGACCUGCAAUUAUUCAACCGUGAAGCUGAACGUAUUGAUGCUGCUACUAAGGGACAUGAAGCUUUCUUGGACUACGCUGACCUUGGGCUUGGAACUGCACUUAUUGCCCAAAAGCAUUAUGAGUCACCUAAUGUUGAACGUCUUCUGAAACGACUCAAUACCGAAUGGGCAGAACUUCGUGAUGCAGUCAACCGUAAAGGCGAGAAACUGCGUCAAGCUUCGGACCAGAAGGGUCUCAACCGCAUUCUUGAAGAUGCACAUGCGAAACUAGAUGAACUUGAAUCAGUUUUGAAAUCUGAUGAGCUUGGAUCUGAUCUUAGAGCUGUGAAAGAUUUAAUCCAGAAGCAUUCCGUACUUGAGCAGGAAAUGGGAAUUUAUGAAAACAAGGUAACUGUCUUUUACUUGUCAGUCAACUAA